UGUCAGUUACCAGGAAGUCUAGUUAAUGUUUUCCGCUUGGAGAAAAAGGACCUUUCUUGUUUAACAUCAACAUCCAGACUGAAGGAACUAUGUCAUGAUGGGCAUACGGGAGAGGGUAAACCUUUUUAUGUGUUAGCGCAUUCCUUAACUUUCUUUAGUCUGCAGUUAGGCUGUCAGAAAAACUGAGUAUGGAAGACCGCUUUGCAGCUGGGCGGGCUGUCGACGAGGCAACAUCACAGCAAGAUCAAAAUAAGACAGAAGGCACGGUCAUCUCCGCCCAGCAUGGAAGCAACAUCAACGCAAACCAUUUUAAUAAUGUACACGCAAAUAAUAUUACUUUUAACACAAGCUGUACACAUGUUCCAGGUCAGACAGACCAAGGUAAUGUUGUCACUCCCAAACUGGAAGACAACAUCCAACGUUGCCAAGAUGAAUUAAAACGCUACCUUCAGUCAAUGACGAAGACUCUGUCUCAAGGAACGGCAGAAGAAUCAUCAAACCUUUCUUUAAACAAAACCUAUACAGAGCUGUACAUCACAGAGGGAGGCAGUGGUGAAGUCAACAGGGAACAUGAGAUCAUUGAGCUGGAGUGCACAAGGUGUACAAACGAAGAAAGAAAAAUCCAUCUCAAUGACAUUUUCAACGCUUUACCAAAUGAAGAGGACCCACCAAAAAGAGUUCUGACAAAGGGAAUCGCUGGUAUUGGAAAAACAGUGGCUGUUCAGAAAUUCACUCGGGACUGGGCAGAUGGAAAAGCCAACCAUUUCUUCCAUUUUGUAUUUCCCUUCACAUUUAGAGAUCUAAACUUGAUAAAUGAGAAAAGUGUCAGUCUUAUUGAUUUAAUAUGUGACUAUUUUGAAGAGGUCCAGGAUUUGAAAGAUUCAGUAUACAAGCAAUCUAAUCUUUUGUUCAUCUUUGAUGGCCUGGAUGAGAGCAAAUAUCCUCUGAACUUCGAGAAUAACACGAUGUGUCGCAGUGCUACAAAGACUACAACAGUUGACGUCAUACUCACAAACCUAUUCAAAGGGACACUGCUGCCAAACGCUUCAGUCUGGAUCACAACUCGACCAGCUGCAGCCAAUAAGAUUCCUCCAAAUCACAUCAACAGAGUGACAGAGGUACGAGGCUUUAAUGACGAGCAAAAGGAGGAAUACUUUCGAAAGAAUAUCGGUGACAAGAAAGUUGCUCAAAGGAUCUUAGAUCAUCUUCUGUCGAAACCUUUGAGAAGUCUUUACAUCAUGUGCCACAUUCCUAUAUUUUGUUGGAUUUCAGCCACUGCACUUCAGAGCCUUCUGUCAAAUCAGGAUCAACAUGAACUCCCUAAAACGUUAACAGAAAUGUAUAUGCACUUCCUGAUCAAACAGACAGAGUUGAAAAAACAAAAAGAUUACCACGGAGGUGAUCCGGACAAAGAUAUGGUCAUGAAAUUGGGAAAACUGGCAUUUGAACAGCUGGAAAAGGGGAACAUAAUCUUCCAUGAAGAAGACUUGAAAGAAUGCAACAUUGACCUGAAACAAGCUGCUGUUUAUUCUGGUGUUUGCACACAGAUCAUAAGAAAAGAAAGUGGUCUUCACAAAAAGGUUGUUUACUCUUUUAUACAUUUAAGUGUCCAGGAGUUUCUUGCAGCUCUGUAUGUACACAAGACCUUUGUAGAGCAUGGGGAAAAUCUUCUCAGCAAAAAAACUGUGAAAGUGGUGUCUGUGGGAGGAGAAAGUCCGGUCAUUUUUCUACAUAAAAGUGCAGUGGAUAAAGCUUUGGACAGUGAUUAUGGACAAUGGGACUUGUUCUUACGGUUCCUGCUGGGUCUGUCUCAAGAUAAAAACCAGGAGCUUCUUAGGAAAGUCUUCGGAGCAAAAGACAGACUUCCACAGAGCCGCGAGGAGACAAUCAUCUACAUUCACCGUAAAAUAGAGAAGAUGUCAUAUACCAACCAGGGCAUUAAUCUAUUCCACUGUUUAAAUGAGUUGGGGGACCAAUCUCUUGUGGAGCAAGUCCAAAGGUUCUACAAGUUGGGGGAUGUCAGUAAGAUUUUACCGGCCCACUGGUCGGCUCUGGCUUUCGUGCUGCUUGUUUCCAAUGAUGACUUGUCUGUUUUUGAUCUGAAAAAGUAUCAUGGAUCUGAUGCAGUUCUAGAGAGGCUGCUACCAGUGCUCAAAGCAUCAAGGACAGCUUUGUUAAGUGAGUGUAACCUCACUGACAGGUGCUGCAGUAACAUUUCUUCAGCUCUCACCAUGAAGUCUGGUGGCCUGGAAGUGCUGGAUUUAAGCGGAAAUAAUCUGAACGACUCUGGAGUAGAGCUGCUGGCUGACAGCCUAAAGAGUCCCAACUGCAAACUUAAAGGACUCCGAUUAAAACAGUGUGGCAUGACAACAGAAGGAUGUCAGCAUUUGGCCAGAUGUAUAGCUUCCAAUCCAUCUCAUCUGAGAGAGCUGGAUCUCAGCAAAAACAAAUUUCAUGAUGAGGGAAUGAAGCUUCUUUCUGGUGUUCUCAGGACAUGCUAUUUGGAAACUCUGAGGGUGUCUGAGUGCGGUCUUAAGGCAAAAGGAUGCACAUAUCUGGCAUCAGCUCUUUACUCCAAUCCAUCGUCCCUAAAGAACUUGGAUCUGAGCAGGAACAGCUUCGAUAGAACAUCGGUGGAUCAGCUUUCUGACUUCCUGAAGCACCCUGACUGCCAGCUGCAACGAUUGUGGCUUUCUAAAACCAAAUUAGAAAGAGAAGGUGCAGCUGUUCUGGUCUCAGCGCUGAACCCGAUUCACCUGAAGGAAUUAGACCUGGGAGCCAAUGAAAUAGGUGAUGCUGGGGUGCAGGAAAUUUCUGCACUGCUACACAGCCCAGACAGCAAAAUUGAAGCCCUAAGACUUGCAGGUUGUCGCUUUAAAGAUGAAGGCUGUGCUGCGUUGUUGUCAUCUCUGUUGACAAACCCGGCCCAUUUAAGAGUCCUGGAUCUGGAAAGAAAUAUCAUUAAAGAAGAAAGUGUUGAAAAACUCUCAGCAUUCUUGGAAAACCACAGCUGUCAACUGGAGAUACUAAACCUGAGCUGCUGCUUUACAACACCAGAUGGAUGCAAACCUCUGAUUUCGGCUUUUAGCCGCUGCUCUUUCCUCCGAAAACUCAACCUCUCGUACAACCCCAUCACCAGCGAGAGCCUGAAGCUGGUGUGUGAUUGGUUGAGCAAAGCUGAAUGUAAACUAGAGGUGCUGAGGUUGUCCCAUGUGGAGGAGAGCACCUGUGAGCUGCUGGCUGUAGCUCUGAGGUCAAACCCUUCACACCUGAGAGAGCUGGAGCUGAUCAAAAGUCAUCCAGGAGAAUCGGGUCUGAAGAUGCUGACUGAUUUACAGAACAACAAUUUCAAACUGAUUGUGACAGACUGAAUGUAUAACAGACCACCUCAGUGACACUGACAGAAACCCUGACGAUAUCAGGGUUCUUUUUAAAUGUAUGCCUGCUUGAGCAUUACGUGCCUUUAUUCGCCUUUUUACAGAAUGUCUUUCAGUUUGUUCAUCAACUAAAUAUAAUCUUCAGGAAUCCUCAGACUUCAGAAAGUCUUUAAACUGAAUAUCUGUGACAUUUUCUUUACGUUUGCAGGUUUAGUGCAGUUUAGAGGUUUUGUAUGACACGACUUUUUGACAAUCUCAAGUCAACAUGAAUAUAUUUUUGCCCACUUAACAAUCACAGGUUAGCAGAGUUUCAAGUACGUUCAAUACCCCUGUGAUGACAUUAUGAUGUUUGCAUAUUUGGGUGCAGCCCGGAGGAACCUGAAAGCUGUAGUGGUAUCUGAUCCAGAAGGCGUGGUCCCUGCCCAUCUACGUGGCUUGGUCACGAGAGAAUUUGUAGAAGGACUGAAAAUGAAACUGAACAAUCUGGAUAACCAGGCGACAAAGAGAGGCAGGAAAAAGGUAGCAGUGAUGUAGCUUUUCUUUGCCGAGCCUGUGCAGGUGCACAGUGAGACAUGUGAGUUUCUCUGUUUGGGUGUGACUUCCUGUUUUUACAGGGCGGGACUGGUAGGUGCUCCUUCACCGUUGCAGCCCACAUCCACUUUUUGGGAGAGUGUGCUUAAGGAGCGGCAGGAACUGAUGUGCGUAUGGCUUCACUGGCCUAACAGCUGUUAUUGUUCUUAACUACUGCAACUCGUCCUCAUGGCCUUGAUUGGAGGGAGCCAUGUUUGCGACUGUCUCUGUGUCUCUGGUGAGGGAGUGGGGGGAUUAUAAGACUGCAACAUUGAUUGAUGGUACAAUUAACACAUAAAGGGAUGCUCGAGACUGUGAUUCAUAAAUGUAAGGUUGUAUAUUCGUAUGUGGCCCAAUCAUUAAAACAGUGCUGUGUUCAAAGGGUUAAACCUGUUAUAAACACUACUUUAAUUAAAAUAAUCAUGUAAUAUAA